CUACACAAAAGUUGCGUAGAUCGGGGGCGCACGGCAGCGGCGUUCAAGCACAGAUUUGUCUUGGAGAUCCUCUCGGAGGAGGCAUACGUGGUCAUAUAGUGCCCAAACCUAUGCUCAUUGCAUAUUUAACGUAAUGGAAUAGUUGACAGGGUCUCAGGCGCGCGGGCACAGGGAAAAUGAAGAGAGGGGUUGACGAAGGCGACCUGAAUGUGGCUAAGCGGGUCAAGAUAUUUGGAGGCCUGCUUGAGUCGGCCGCGGAGGGGCGUAUGAAGCAGCUUCUGGCGCCACUGCUCGCUGCGGGAGUACUUGAGGAGGGAGGCUCGGCGGGGGCCCAGCGGCAGGGCGCUCCGACAUUGCCGACGCUGCUGCGUGCCGACUGCAGCUGCUGUGCCUUCCACCGAAGCCUGCGUGAGCAUGAUACUGCCCCCUCCGAGGAUGUGCGCCAGAUGGUGUCGCCCUGGGCCUGGUCGGGUGUGAAGAAGCUGCUGGCGGCCCGCGGCGCACUGCACAGCCUCACCGCAACAGCCAGCAGCGAUGGAGCCAGACUGCUGCUGAGAGGGAUGCUGUAUGUACCGCCACAACUGGCGGCGGAGGGAGUGGAGGUGUGCUCAUGCAACGGCACGCCCAAUGCGGCACGGGUGGCGGCGGCCGUAGCGGCGGCGCCCGGCGCGGGUAGGGCAGCCGCCGCACGCGGGGGUGGCGGCCGGGGCCGGGAGGGCGGCGGGGCAGGCGGAGCAGCCGCUGCCGCCUCUGGGGCCACUGCUCGUGCUCGCGCCGGAGGCUCGGAGCAGGAGGGCGGCGGCACAGGCACAGGCACGGGCACGGGCGCCGACGGGCCUGGCGCUGGCUCCGGCCUUGGCGCUGGUGCUGGCUGCUCCCCGGGAAGUCCGCUGCAGGCGCUGCCUGGCACGUGUGGCCCGCCUGAGCGAUACACGCACUGUGUGGAGGUUCUGCUGCGGGCCGACGACCUGGGUCUGGUGGCGGCGUCCAGCAGCUGCUGCGGCACUGGCUACGACGCCCUGCAGAGCCAGCUGUGUCCGGGCGUGGCGGCCGUGAUGCUGGCGGCGCGGCUGGGGCGCGGCCAGGCCGUGGCAUGUGAUGCGGAUGUGCGGCAGUUGGCGGCGGCGGCGCUGGCGGCGGCGACUGGGGACAAGGCGACGGCGACUGGCAGCGCCGACCAGGCCGCGGCAGCUGCUGGUGGGGGUGCUCCUGACCACAGCGGUGUGGGGGCCACUGCUGAUGGCGGAGUGGAGCGGCUGGCCGGGCUGGGCCUGUUUGGCGAGACGGCGGCGGCGGCGGCGGCUGGUGGCGGCGGCAGGUCUCCGGCCUUGGCCCGGCUGCUGGUGGCGGCUGGCGGCGGCGCUGUGGCUGUAGGUCCGGGCCAUGUGGACCUGCCUCCCGGCCUGCCCCCGGGUGUGCUGCCGGGGCCCGGCCUGAUGCUGGACCUGCAGCCGCAGCUGGACAGCCCCAGGACGGUGCCGGAGCUGCUGCGGCCCUACCUCAUCCCCUGCGACCCCCCGCAGCCGCCCGCAGCCGCCGCCGCGGGCCCCUCCACCUCCACUGCCCCCAGCGCGCCUCCUCCUCCGCCGUCCCCUCCCGUGCCUCCGCCCCACAUCCCCGUCAUGCCCAACCCGGAGCCGGGCGCCGCGGGUCUGCGGCCGGGCAUGCGGGCGGCCGCGCUGUACGGCGGCGCGCCGCUGCACCUGCCGCACGGGGCCGGCACCUCCAUGCCCAGUGCGAGGGCGAGGUCGCUGUUCGCGGGCUGGUACCGGGAGGGGGCGCCCAUGGCAUUUUGCACAGACAGGUACCGGGAGACGUACCGCAUGCUGCUGCCGCCGGAUGAGGACGCCGGCAAUGCGGCCGCCGGCGCUAAUGCGGCGGGAGACGCCCAGGCUGCAGCCAAUGCCGCCAUGGCAAUGGGCGCGCCUCAGCGCUACGCCGCAGACGUGGCUGCGAUACUGGGAGGCGGGGGCGGCGGCGGCGGCGGGCAGGGUGCCGCUGCUACCGCUGCUGCUGCUGCUGCUGCCGCUGCCGCCGCCGCCGCUGUGGGUGCGGGCGUGCGGCUGCCGCGCCCUGCCGGCUGGAGCUGGGGCGCGGGCGGGUCGCUGCUGCUGAGUCUGGACCAGAACGCUGACACCGCCAACCGCUAUGUCGCUGGGCGGGUGGCGGAGCGGCCGGCGGGGUGGGAGGCACGCAUGGGGCUCCUCAUGUCGCGGGCGGCGUUCCAGAUGGACACGGACUUGAAGGCGCACUCCGCGGGCACCGAGCCCGCCGACGUUUGGCCUGCGCUGUGCCUGGCGGCGUUUGAUGAGGCGGCCUGCCCCCCCGGCUGGGCGCCCGGCUGCAACGGCCCCGCCGGCGCGGUGUGCUGCUUGCUGCGGGCGCUGUGGCUGGUGCUGCACGUGUGGGAGCUGGACUCGGCCAUGGCCAAGAAGGCCAAGGUGGUGCUGCAGGCUCUUUGCAAGCUGCUGCUGUGCUGCUCGCUGCCCGCCUACCUGACCGCCUCGGCCGCCCGCCUGCUGGGCGCCUGGAGGCUCAGGCUGGGCGAGGCGGCGGCGCUGGGGCGGCGGCCGGCGUACGGCGGCGCGGGCGGCAGCGCGGAGGCGGCGGUGGGCGACCUCAUGGCGCGGAUGUACACGGCCCACGUGCUGGCCCGUGACGGCUGGUCCGCACCCCACGUGCGGGCAGCCAUGGGUCUGGCCGCCACCGGCCCCGCAGCCGGCCCCGACGCGCCGCCCGCACCCGGCUGCUCGCUGCUGCCCUCCUGGGCCGGCUACCGGCCUGCACACGCCGCCGUCGCACGCCAGCUGCAGCAAAUGCAGCAGCGGAUGCUGGAAGGUAACGGCGGAGGCGGAGGUGGGUCUACUGCAGCUGCGGCGGCCGCUGCUGCCGCUGCGGCUGCUGCUGCAGCUGCCGCCUACGCAGAGGCGGCUGCCACCGGCGGCGGUGCGGCGGGCAACAGCAUUGCCGUGCCGCCGCCCCUGCCGUGUGUGCCAUACUCGCCUCCGCCGCUGCAGGGUGUGGUUGUCACUGGGGCCAGUGGGCUGCAGGAGGUCACGGAGCGACUGUUCUGGCUGGGCGCGGCGGCGGCGGCAGGGGCAGGGGCUGGGGCAGGGGCAGGGGCGGGCACUGCGGCCGCUGGCACGCCGGGUGCUGUGGCAGCAGGCGCAGGGGCCGCGCCGGGUGCGGAGGGUGCUGCCGCCCCGGCCUCGGGUCUGGACGCUCCUUAUGUGUCUCUGGCUGCGGCCGCUGGCGACUGGAACAAGGCCAUCAAAAUGCUGCUGAGGAGGGGCGCCAAGCCCGACGUGGAGCGCGCCUGCCGGCUGGCGGUGGAGCGGGUGUCCUCCGCCGCAGCCAAGGCGCAGCAGGCGUGCUUCCUGCUGCAGCAGGUGAUCAGCCCUGACACAGCAGCUGCGCACCACGCCGCAGCAGCAGGCAGAGCGCCACCCGCGCCGAUGCCGGACGCAGUCGCUGCGGGGGGCACUGGCGCCGCCGCAGCAGGGUCUGCGGGUGGCGGCGAGGGCGCUGCCGGUGCGGGUGCCGGCGCAGGAGUGGAUGCGCUGGUGGUGGUGGUAGGCUGCCAGCUGCCGCCCACCUUCGUGGCGGGCUGCGCGGCGCGUAUGGCGCUGUCGGCGGUGCGGGCGGCGCUGGCCAUACGCACAGGCCCGCUGCCUGGCGGCGCCCUGGGCCGGCCCGUGCUUGACGAGGCGGCGGCGCUGGAGCUGGCGCACCUGCGGCACAGCGCCGACCACCGCGUGGAGCCGCCCUCGCCCGCAGCGCACCUGGCGGCGGCGGUGAACGCGGGGGGCGUGUCGCUGGCGGUGGCGGGUGUGGGCGGCGGCGUGCGGCCCAACCCCUACACGGCCCUGCUGCGCUGCAUCAUUCGGCUGGUGGCGGAGCACAACGUGCGCGAGUGGCAAGCCGAGCUGGCCUCACUGAGGGACUGCGGACUGCUACCGCCCGCCGAGGACCCCGAGGCAGCCGAAGCAGCGGCGGCGGCGGCGGCAGCGGCUGCUGCUGGGGGGAGCGGUGAGGGGGCUGAAGGCGGCCGUUCCGGUGCGGGUGCGGUUUCUGACCUGUCCAACAUCCUGCCGGCGGCGGAUGAGUGCGGCUGCGAGACUUGCCGCCGCGAGCGCCUGGGUCGCAUGGCCGCGCUGGACAUCAAGCCCGGCGACAUCACAUUCGCCCGCCUGACUGCCGCAGCCGGCUGCCUGGCCACUGACCCGGCCGCCCGCGCCGCCUUCGCCCGCGUCAUACCCCUGGUGCCGCCGCCAUGGGCGCCCAAGCCACUGCCCGCGCCGCCGCCGUCACCAGCAGCAGCAGCAAUACCAGCGGCAGCAACAGCCGGCGGCAGUCGGCCUGAGGAGUCAGGCGGCGGUGAGGCGUCAGGCGGCGCUGCUCCCAUGGACACUGGCGCGGACCCACCCGCAGACGCAGGCGCGGCCGCUAACCCGCCGCCGCCGCUGCCUUGCCCUCAGCUGCGUCGGCCUGUGCCGUCUCUGUCAGCGGCUGUGGUCCGCUCCGUGUUCAGCCCCAUGCUGGCGGCGCUGGCGGGCGGCGGCGGCAGUGGCAAUGCUGGGGGCGGCGGCGCGGGCGCAGGUCUGAAGGAGCGGCUGUUGCGUCCUGCCGAGUGCCUGGGUCUGCUGGGCAGUGUGGAGGAGAGCCUGGCGGGGCUGUGCGACGACUGCAUGCCGGAGCGGGUGCAGCUGCAGGCUGUGUUGGAGGCAGUGGCCACGGCUCUGUGCUGCCUGGUGACUGCGCACCACUCCGCCGGCGCCUCCCCCGGGGGCCUGGGCCGUGUGGUGACGGAGCUGCUGGGUGCGGGGCAGUGCGCGCUGGCGGGGCAGGUGGCGGACGUCAUGAUGGCGGUGGAGCGCACGCCCGACUCCCUGGCCCACUGGCUGGAGGUGGCGGUGGCGGGCGGGCCCCAGGCGCAGGCGGCGGCGGCCCGGCAGCUCAUGGCGGCGGCCAGCGGACUGGCGGAGGCGGCGGCAGGAGCAGGGGAGGCGGCGGCGAGCGGCAAGCAGCGGCGGCCCAGGCACCACUCCUCCCUCCUGGAGUCCAUGCUGCGGCGUGUGCUGCCGGCCAGCUACAUGCCGCCGCCGCGAAUGCGCCCGGCACAGCGCCGCGCUCUCGAACGAAGAAACGCGCGGCGCCGCGCCGGGGCAGGGGCGGGUGCGCUGCCACCGCGUCGCGCCUUUGACUGGGACGGCGGCCGCAUAGGCGGCGGCGACGGGCGGCGGCGCGGCUACCGGCCGGAUCGUGUGUAUCUGGGCCUGGACGACUCGGACGAGGAGGACUAUCUAGAAAUGUACUCGGACGGCAUGGAUGACCCGUACGGCGACUUCGAGGACCUGUACGGCGACCCGUACGACAGGGCGGCGCGGGCGGCACACGGCCGGUACGUUGAUCCGUACGACGAUGACGACCCGUACGGCGAGGACUACCCGUACAGCGACAUGGACGACGGGCAGUCGGACGGUGAGCUGCUGAGUGAGGAGCUGGACCAGGUCAUGGCGGCGGCGGCGGCGAGGGCGCCGGGGUCGGGGGCGGUCGGCAGGCCGGCGCCGGGAUACGAGUCGGAGGGGCUGGAGGAGGAGGAGGAUGAGGAAGACGGCGAUGAGGAGGAGGGUUCCUCGGAGGAGGACGAGGUCAUUGAGCUGGACGAGGACGGCGAGCCGGCGAGCACGGGGCGGCGGCGGCGGCGGCCUGGUGCCGACGGCGGCAGCUCCGAUGCCGAGCUGGUCGGUGACAGCGGCUCAGACGACGACGACGGCGGCGGCGGCGGCGGGUCGGAGGGCGGCGAGGGGGUCGAUGUGGAGCAGGAGACCGAGCUGCAGAUAGCGGUGCAGAUGGCGCAGGAGGUGGUGGAGUCGUUCAUCAGUGACAUGGGCAUGUCGCCCGCCGGCCCUAUGGCUGAGGACCUGCGCGCAGUGCUGCGGGCCGCGCACAGGCGCCUCAGCAGGACACUGCGCGGAGGAGGCACCCGAGGCAAGCAGUCGCGGCGCAGGGGACAGCGCCGGGCAGGGGCCGAGCUGGUGGACCUCACGGCGGACGACGACGACGGAGCCGGAGCCGGGGCCAAGCGCCGGCGCGGCGGUGCCGGCAGCGGGCGCGGGAAAAGCAGUGCGGGUGGCAGUGCAGGUGCGGGUGGACCCGAGCCCGACCCUGAGGCCCCCCACAGCGACAUCGACACGGAGGACCUCAUGGCGGGCAGGGCAGGAGGGGGCCGGGGGCGGGGCGGGGCAGGCGGGGAGCGGGGGGAGCGGGAGGCCGGUGAUGCGGCGGCGGAGGACGAUGCCGCCGGGCCGCGGGUCCCAGGAGGUGCUGACGCCAUGGAUGUGGACGCGGCGGCGGCCCGCGCGGGCGGCAAGGCGGGCGGCAGCAGCGGCGUCUCGCCAGGCACGACACCCGGGAAUCAGGCGGCAGGCGCGAGUGCGGCGGCUGCGGCGGCGACUGAGGGCGCCGGCGAGCGCGAGCGGCCCAAGAGGCGGCAACGCGGGGCUGCGGCUGGCGGCACUGGCAGCUCUGGGGCAGGUGGCAGCGCCGGUGGCGGCGGCGCGGCAUCGGGCCGACCCCAGCGCAGCCGCCGCCGGCGCAGCGAGGGAGUCGCCGGGGCUGAGGCAGGCGGGGCCGGGCCCAGCGGCCAGGCCGGUCCCUCGGGUGCGGGCGGGUCCGGCCCGGGCGCUUCGUCCGGCCGCGGCGCUGGUGGUGGCGGUCGCGGUGGUGGUGAGGGCGGCAGCGGCUCCGGCGGCCGCACCCUGCAUGAGCUGGCGGUGGCGCUGGUGUCCACGCCGCCCGCCGCGCUGAGGAGGCGGCUCAUGACCCUGCGCAGCCCCAUGGCGGGCGGCGGCGGCCGGGCGGAGGAUGCCGGCGAGUGCGCCUUUGCACUGGCGCAGUACAUCCGGGGCCGUGGCGCCGGUCCCGAGCUGGUGGCCCCCCUACUGGCCGCCUCGCUCACCUGCCUGGACUCGCUCAGCGACACGCCGCAGGCAGCUGCGGCAGCAGCAGCCCGGGGGGGCGCACCGCCCGGAGCAGCCAACGGCACCGGCGCUGCCGCCGCCUCAGGCAGUGGCAGUGGCGGUGGCGGCGCCCUGCUGGACAGCCUCCUCAACGACAUGGCCGCACAGCCCUACGCCCCGCCACGGCCCGGAGCCCUGGCGGCGAUGGCGGCGGCUGGCGGCGGCGCGGACGUGGGAGGUGGCGGCGGCGGCGGUGGGCGUGAUCGCGACCCGGUGCUCAAAGGACUGCCGGCCGCCAGCUGGCCGGGCUUCAUGGCCAGCCGCAACCUCAGGUACGCUGCUGUCCGCGACCCCAGCGGCACCGGGCCGCUGCAGGAGGUGUUGGCGGACAUGGACGGCCGCGACGUGCGGGUCAUGGCGGCCUGGGUGGACGCAGCGUACUCACAGGAGGAGGAGCGCGAGGAGGGGCGCAUGGUGACAGGGGGCGCGGCGGCGCACGAGGCACGUGGCCGCAAGAUGAAUGCCGUGGAGUUCCUGGAGCUCCAGGAGCAGCAGGCGGCGGCAGGCGCCACCGGGGCAGCGCAGGCGGCCGCCGCGGGCUCCGCCGCCCUGGCCUCCGCCACCGCGGGUUCUGGCCGGCGGCGUGUGCUGGCGGCUCUGGCUCUGGCGGCCAGCGGGCGGUACGGCCCGCCCCUGGCGCACCUGGGACUGCUGCUGGCGCGGGCGGGGCUGCGGCAGGCGGCGGUGGCGGUGGCGGCUCGCUCGCUGGUGCCUGUGGGCGCGCGCUACCAGUCCUUCAUCGCGCACGUGGCCACUGCCAGCCCGCAGCCCUGGGUGGCGCAGGCCUGGUACGCAGCCGCUCUGGAGGAGCUGGCGCCUGUGUUUGUGGAGGUGCUGCAGCAGGUCACAGUGCGGGACCAGGCGGACGCGGAGGCGGCAGCAGCAGAGAGGGUGGCGGUGGAGAAGGGCAAGCGCGCGCCCGCGCCGCCGCCGCCCGCCCGCACCCGCGAUGAGGUGGAGGCGGCGGAGGCGGCGGAGGCGGAGGCGGAGGGCCGCGGCGUGGGCGAGUGGCGUGUGCCGCGGCUGCAGUCUGGCGAGGUGUGCGCGGCUGUGUCCCACCUGGCGGUGAGCCUGCUGCUGCUGGGCCGCGAGCUGCCGCGCUGCCUGCUGGGCUGCGGCGCGGCGGCCACUGCGGUCAUGGGGCUGCUGGGGAGGCUGGCGGCGCGCUGCGGCGUGAGGCAUGAGCAACUCUUCGAGUCGGUCAGCGCCGGCGGUGUUGCAGCGGGGGCGGCGGCGGGCAUGCCGGCGCCCCAGCAGAUUGGCCCUGGCCCCGUGGGUGGCAGCCCGGCCGUGCGCGAGUGGGUGGUGGCGGCCAUGCGGGAGUGCCUGCUGCGGCCACUGCGGGGCGCCCCCGGGCAGGUACAGCAGGCGUUCGUGACGGCGGUGGCUGCGCAGCCCGACAGCGAGCUAGACUUCAAGAUGAAGAUCCCGCUGUUGGAGUGGGCCCGCGGCGCCCGGGUGCCGGUGGCCACCAUUUUCGACGCCGCCAGCCGCGCCGUAGCAUCCGCCACAGCCGCGCUGGAUGCGGAGGCGGAGGCGGAGCGGGCCACACACGCUGCGGCGCUGGCGGCCCUGGCGGAGAUGGGCCGGGGGCUGGACAUGAGGGCGGCGGCCGAGCUGCGGGGGCCGUCGGGCCCGAACACCUCCUUGUCCUUCCAGACGGCUGCGGCGAUAGCUGCGGGCGAGCGCGCGCUGCUGCUUGGGCUGAGCAGCAGCGCGGACUGCGGCCCUGUGCGCCAGGAGCUGGAGGCGGCGGCGCGGCUGCUGGGGGCGCUGGACACGGCGGCGGCAGGGGCUGGAGGAGCAGCAGCAGGCGGCAGGGGCGGUGGCGGCAAGGGCGGCCCGGCUGCUGGUGCCGCUCCCGCUGAGGGCAAGUUGGACUCCCUGAUGGCGGCCUGGAUGCAGGACAAGCGCACCCUGCCCAGUGCUGCGGCGCGGGGCCUGCUCACACGCGGCAGCGCCCCGCCCGGCUCCACUUCUGCGGCCCCAGCCGCCGCCUCCUCCUCCUCCGCCUCCAGCCGCGCCUGGGUGUGGCACGUGCUCAAGUGGGUGGGCGAACGGCUGGUGGAGGAGAUGGAGGCGGAGCAGCAGACCAGGGCCGCAGAGGAGGAGACGGAGGGGCGCCCGUCGCCAACACUGCCUGCCGCCGCUGCGGCUGCGGCUGCGACUGCUGCUGCCGGCAGGGGCCGCAGCCGCGGUCGGCGCGGGGGCGGCUCGGCGGCCUCCAGUCGGGACGUAUCGCCCACAGCGCGGACCCGGGGCGGCGCCGCGGCCUCUCCCACACCGCCCCAGCCGGAUGCGGGAGGUGCGGGCGUCAGUGCUCCCCGGCGUCUCCUUGAGGCUCUGGUUGAGCGCACGGGCGGCUUCAGGGGUCCUGAGCUGCUGCCGCUGGCCGCCACACUGCUGGAGGUGGUGGCCAGGGACGGCCCCGGCUCGCCCUUCCUGGCCUCCGCCCGCGCGCUGCUGGGCCGCAGUGUGCUGCCGCAGGCGGGCCGGGCGGCGGCACUGGCGGGCAAUGCCGCCUGGCGCAGUGCAGACUACCGGGCAGUGCUCAGGCGAAUCCUGGAGCGAUGGGAGUCAGACCGCGCCGCCGCAGCGCCGCCGCCGCCUGCAGCAGCCCCGGCCGCAGCGCCUGAGCCCGCGCCCGCGCCACCGCCCUCUGGCCGGCCCAAGCGCGGGUCCAAGGCUGCUGCUGCGGCCACGACUGCUGCGGCUGCUGCUGCGGCGGCGACUGCCGCUGCCGCUCCUGGUCCUGCCGCUCCUGGUCCUGCCGCCACCUCCUCCAGUGCGCAGUGGCCGGCCAUCACGGACGAGUUGGCAGAGCUGGUGGCACUGAGCCUGGCUCUGUCUGAGGGCUCCCUGGAGGCGCUGUCAGCCGCCAGCCGCGUGUUCACUGUCACACGUCCACCCGCACCUGCAGCCACAGCCACCGCCGCACCCGAGGCCAGCUCGGCCGCGGCGUCCGGCUGGGUGCUGCAGACACUGCUGGUGCCGCAGCCCGUGUCGGAGGGGGAGUCGGGCGGGGCGGGUGACCCCAUGGUCGUGGACAGCGACACGGACGACGACAGGGCCGAAGGCCAGGCAGGCAGCAGCAGGGCCGGAGCAGCUGGGCCGGCGGCAGCAGCGGCAUCCGCGGGCCCGUCAGCGGCCGCCGCCUCCCCAGCGGCGGCCGCCGCCUCCCUGACCGCUGUUGCUGGCGCUGCUGCGCCGGCCGUCGGACGUGGUCGUGGCCGUGGCAGUGGCGCAGCGGCAGCUGCUGCAGCGGCCGCCGCCGCAGCAGCAGCUGCUGCUGCAGCCUACAGGUACCCGGUGGCUCCGGAGCUCUCUGUGGUGGAUGAGGACUGGGAGGACCGGGGGCAGCCCAGUGACGCCGUCAUGCCCUUCAGCCCGGGGCCCGCGCCUACGGGGCCCAGCGCCGCGGGGCCCAGCAAGGGACCCGCCCCCUCCGCUGCCGCCUCUGCUACCACGCGGCAGCGCUGGGCCCUGCGGCCGCUGCAGCUGCACAGCGCUGUGAUGCCGCUGCUUCAGGGCGGCGUGAUGGAGCUGCCGGCAGGGGAUGUGCGCGCCGCCGCCGUGCUGCGUUUCCUGCAGGUGCAGGCGGCGCCGCCGCAGCAGGCAGUGGCCACGGCGCUGGCGCCGCUGGGACGGACCGCGGCGCUGCCCAACAACGGCGGCGGCCCCUCGCCAGCUGCCCCUGCUGCUACAGCUUCAGGGCUAGUGGCAGCGAUGGCUGCCAGCGGCGAGCCGAGCUACAGCCCUCGCUACUGCUGCGCGGUGUGGCGGCUGGUGCUGCAGCUGAUGCGGCGGGACGGGGCGCUGCUGGCGCGGUGGCGGGUGCCGCAGGCGGCGGUGGCGGCGGGCGCGGCGGCGGCGGUGGGCGGCUCCAGUCUGCAGGAGGUGCACCAGGGCAUGCAGAUCGGCACACGCGCCCUGGCCCCCGGCACCUCCGCCGCGCGCACCCUGACUUGGCAGCGGCGCAUGGACGCCCCGGCAGUGGCCGCCGCCACCGCCCUGCAGCCGCCGCACGUGCGCACCGCCGUGGCGCUGCUGCGGGUGUGGUGCGGCUCGCGCUGGUUGCUGGGCUCAUGCAGGCCGCCGCCACAGCAGCAGCAGCAUCAGCAGCAGCAGCAGCAGCCACCCGGUGCUGCAGGGGCCGCUGCUGGCGGGGCUGCUGGCGGGGCUGCUGGGGGUGCUGCUGCGGGCGGCGGCGGUCCGGACGUGCCUGCUGAUCAGAAGGAGCCGACGGUGGCCCUGCUGGUGGACGACCUGCAGCGGCUGCACGGCCUGGACGCCAACCUGGCGCUGGACUGCGUGCAGGACAACACCGCACGAUACCCGCCACACCCUCAGCUGGCGGCAGCUGCGGCGGCGGUGGCUGCCAGCACCUCUGCGGCUCCGGGUGCCGCGGGUGGUGGCGCAGGCGGUGCUGGUGCCGCAGGAGCUCGGGUGCCGCUGGACGACGCGGCGCUGGGGGCUGCGGUGCUGGCGGCCAUGGGCAUGGCGGGGGCGGGGGCGGGCGCCGCGGGGGCAGCCGUGCAUCGGGCGGCCCUGGCGCACAUGCCUCGGGCCUCGCUGGAAGCGCUGGCCAGGAGGUACGGAGUGCCGCUGGAGCAGCCCCCGCAGCAGCAGGGGGCGGCCGCGGCAGCAGGCUUCGGCGCCAACGGGGCUGCGGCCCAGGACGGCCGGGCUGCCCCGCCUGCGCUUUUUACCCUGGGUAGCUGCUCUGCGCUGCUGGCUGGCGAGGAGGCGGCCGCGCUCAACAAGCUGGACGGCUUCGUGGCGGCACUGGCGGAGCACAGCCGGGCGGCGGCAGGGGGAGGAGGGGGAGCGGCAGGGGCCGGCGGGGCGAACAGCGGCGGCGGUGGUGGUGGUGGUGGUGGUGACGCUGCAGGCAUGAAGCGGCUGCUGGCGGUGCUGCAGCCGCGGCUGCCCGUCAUGAACGACAAGGUGCUGCGCUGGCUACACAAGAACAGGGGAGCAGUCACCAAGGAGGCGCUGACCGCCAAGCUGGUCCGUGACUUCAACGUGCCGGAGCUGGACCGCCUGCGGGCCGCGCACCUGCCCUGGACCCCCGCGCCCGGCGGCACCAAGGCCACCCGGGCGGCGGAGCUGGCGGACUGGAUCAGCGAGCACGCCGCCGAGUACCUGGAGCAGCAGGGGGCACAGUUCGAGCGGCGGAGGCAGAGAUACGGCAUGUUCGGGUUCUGAGCGCCCAGCGGCACAGCGUGUGUACUGGAUGCGGGGCGGUGGAGGAAUGCUGUUGGGCUGUGGGGUGGUACCAUGCCGCGCGUGCUGCUCGACUAGCUCGUAACGUUCGAACCCCAGGGCUGAGGGAUGGUGAUGGGCUUAGGUGCUGUGUGCAAUGAAUGAGCGGAGACGCUGUGGCUGUGAUAUGUGUUUAAACCGCCGCAUGGAAGGCCCAGUUUAAUCACGGCCGCUGGCCGCCGUACGCUAUUCAGGCGGGGCUCGGCGGGGUGCAGGGGCAACCGACAUUUCACGGCUUUCGGGCUACUACGCAAGCGGCGUGACUUUUAUACAUAUGUUGUAAAUUGCAUAUAUA